GUCCUCGGUAGUCAUGACAACAGGAAUUCCGACAACCAUUCGCAUACGCAGAGUAGAAUUGACAGUAGGGAGGCAGAAUGGCUAAACAUAAAUACGUGAUAUAUGACGCAGGAGAUAAAGUAGAUGUUGCUUCCGAAGGGGACAUACCUCCACCAAGGGAUCUGGUUGAGCAGAUGUACUGCUCUGAACAGAUUCACAUCCCACCAACCUUUCCUUAUAUUCUGCGUCAGUACUGCAAGGCAGCUAUCCGCACACAGCCAUAUGAUCUGCUCAAAUGGUCGACUGCUUAUUUCCGUGCAAUGGCAGAUGGAGAAAUACCACCUGUUAAACACCGACUUGAGUACCCACCCACUGAUGUGCCCUCAGGGCUGACACCUGGGUAUCUCAGGGUAAUACUGAGGCAGUUAAAGAGGAAAAAAGUUAUCCCAACAGAGCUGCUGUAUAAUAAGUGGGGAGGAUUAUGUUUGAACCAUAACGCCUUGAAGGUGAUGCUGGAAAUAGGAGAGUUCACUGAUGAUGAAGUAGAUGUUUUGAAAUUUGUGGCAAUUGCAGCUGGCCAUCUCACACAUAACCUGAAACAAACAAUGAUAGUCAUAUGUGAAAUACUGACUGAAGAACCUGAAGGUGGGUCAGCUAUGAUUCCAUUCUCAACAUUUUGUGACCUUUAUACAUAUCUUGCAAAAAAAGACUGUGGGCCACCAUCUGCCCAUAAACCUGAUGUCAAGGAAACAAUUCAAGCAGAAGAGGAAUCAGAUGAAACUGAAGCUGAGGACAAAUUUCAUAAACAACAUGCAGAGGACAUAAUCGCCGGUAUUGUAGGGACUGUUGUAUCUGUUCCAGGAGAUGAAGAACAAACAACAGAAAAUGUUACUGGAGCAGAUGUUCAAGGAGAAGGUGAGCAGGAACAGAGCCCAGAGUUAUCAGAAACAACCAUUGGUGAACUGCAAAUGUCUGGCAGUAAAGAUCUUGAAGAUACAGCAGAAGUUCAUGAAGAGAGUGUUCAGAUAACAGAAACAAAAGGAGAAAAUGGUAUGGAUAAUAUGCAUCCAGAUAAAGAAAGCUGUCCUGUAGGAGUUGAGAGGACUACUUCAGUGAAAUUUAAGGAACCGGUACAUGCAGGCAGUAUAAAAACAGAGGAAGACGUUUCAUUAUUAUCUGAUGAGUCCAGUUCUGCCACAGUGCCAGAAGAAAAGAGUUCUGCACCUGAAGAAAAGAGUUCUGAACCAGAAGAAAAGAGUUCUGAAAAGAUUGCAAAAGAAACUGUUAAAGAAGUUGUACAUAGAGCAGAAGUUGCUGCUGAAGCAAAUCAAGCCGAAAUUACAGCUGCCCAAUUUGUGAUUAAGGUUAAGUCGGAAACAGUGUCAAGGAAAGUUCGUACGCAACGGAAAGCACCCAAGAAGACACUGAAACCCUCCCACAUGCAUCAUGAAGUACCUGGCAUUGGGCCUCCAGUCUCAGAUGAACAAAUAGACAAAGUUAUUACAUAUUUGCAUUACUGGUCUGCACGACAAGAAGGAAUGAUUAUGCCACGCAACAUAAAUCAUUUCCUUUGCCCAUCACUUGAUCCUCCUCCUCCUCCAGAAUUUAUAGAGGCAUCGCUACCAACGUGCGUCUGUGGCAUAGGAAACCCAAUGGCCUCUGAGUGCCAUUGCACAGCUGCUUCUGACAACUAAUUAAUUUAAAACCAUCAGUGUUAGUGGGCAUGUGCAUGCUCACCAGUAAUUACUUCUAACAGUGCUUUUUACCAGUGAUAUUGUCAUUUCAGUACUGUAGUUCUUCAAAAGUUCUUCAUCUGCUGUUUCACUAGCAAUUUUAGAGUAAAUAUGUUAAGCUUUGGUAGAUUGAUCAUAAGGGUGUGAAGCUCACCAUUGCCUUUGACUGCUAUCAUACACCCAGCACAAUAUUGACCACAAUGCUCAUCACCUCCUACAAACUUAAGCAAAUUAUCUUUCAUUAUUUUCAAAUAAUUUACACAGUGAUAAGCUCUUUGCUAUUACAUGUACAACAAAAGAACCUAAGGUAAUAAAUAGCCUGAUAUUCAACAGAGAGUCCCUCUUUAAAAAUUUUUUGGAUGUAACUGCUUGCAGCAAAACAAUGUUUGAAUUUUACACCAAAUCACACACUUCAACAGUGUUCACCAUUUUGCCAGGUGGAUCAUGCUUCUAUUCCUUCAACUUCUGCUCUAUGGUGUAUUACCAGUAAAUUUUACUCUCACUUAAGAAAAAUAGUGGCUUACUGUUUGUCAACAGUAAGAAGACAGUUUUUACUGGUGUUACUUGUGGAGAAGAAAAUCGGCACUAGUUGGAAAAUAUUUAUUUGUCUCCAAGCACUGCCAGUGUUUCUGUAUGUAUCACCUUUGCUUCCAUGUAAGCACAAAACGGGGAAAAAUUGUGCCAGCACUCAUUGUGGGAAGAAGUUAACGCUACUGUCCCCUCACUGGUUGUCUCCCACUGGCAGUCCUAAUGCAGGGGCAAGGCAUACCUCCCACAGUUCCCGAAGGGCAUCAAGUGAAGGGUAAUCAUAUCAUGUCAAACAGUAUGUGUGAUAAAUCAGGAAAUUAAGUCAAGGAGAACAAACAUCCAGUAUAUAUGCAUAAACUAAUUGGCAAGAUCCUCAUUUCAGGUACCUAAAUCAUAUUCACAGGACUACGGAGAAAGGUAUACUUCAGUCACCUGUUCCAGUAAUGUUGCAAAGUGAUUUUUAAAGAGCUCAGAAUAUACUUUUGUAUCCUUUUCAGUUUCUGAUAGAGCUAAAAAGUAAGACAAAUGAGAAUAUCAGAAAGGAUGUCCACAUCUACAUCCAUACUCUGCAAACAAGUGUGAAGUGCAUGCAAGUGUGUACUGUCCAUUGUACAAUGAAUUAUGGUUUCCUUUUCAUUCCAUUUGCAUAUGCAGGAUAACUACUUAAAUGAUUCUGUACAUAGUGUAGCUAGACUGAUCCUGUCUUCACAGUCUCUGUGGGAGAGCUCUGUAAGGAACUGUAGUAUUACCAUAAAUUACUCAUUUAAUCUACUACUUCAAAGAUAGUAAGUAGGCUUUCGUGGGUUAGUUGAUGUGUUUCUUUAAGUGUCUGACAGUUCAAGUUUUUUUCAUAAUUUUUCCAAGUCAAACAAACCUUCUAUAUCACCUGUUAGUUCUCUUUAGUGCAGGUCCUAUACCCUUAACCAGUAUUAUAGCAUAAGGCACAAGAGUGUUUUGUUAACAAUCUUCUUUUAGACAGACUGCAUUUUUCCAGUACUCUAUGAAUUAACUGGAGUCUGUCAGCUGUUUUAUCUAUGAGUGACCCUGUGUGAUUAUUCCAUUCCAUAGCCUCAACAAUUGUUACACCCAGAUAUAGGCAUAAGUUGACUGAUUCCAUUUGUGAAUCACUGAUAUUGUAGUAACAGGGUACUACAGUUUUGUGAAGUGCACUAUUUUACAGUUAUGAACAUUUAAAGUAAGCUGCCAAUCUUUAGACCACUUUAAAAUAUUAUCAAGAUCUCAUUGAAUAUUUGUACAGCUUUUUUUCAGGUUGUACUUUGUUAAAGGUAUCUGCAUCGCCUGAAAAAAAGUCUAUGGUUGCUACAAACGAUUUUUAUGAAUAUAUUUACAUCUAAGAUUACUAUCAGUAUUGUUUGCCAGGUGGUGGUGUUGGUGGUGGCAGAGGAGGAUGAUUUGGGGCAGGAGACCAAACAGCAAGGUCAUCUGUUCCAUUGGAUUAGGGAAGGAAGUCUGCCGUGCCCUUUCAAAGGAACCACCCGGCAUUUGCCUCAAGUGAUUUAGGAAAAUCAUGGAAAACCUAAACCAUGUCUGCCAGGUCAUUAAUAUACAACAUGAACAGCAAGGAUCCCAACACACUUCCUUGGGCCACACCUGAAGUUACUUCUACAUCUGCUGAUGCCUCUCCAUUUAAUGUAACAUGGUGUGUGCCAGUUGGCCAUCAAAAAACCUUCAGUCCAGUUACAAAUUUUGUUUGAUAGCCCAUAUGACUGUACUUUUGUUAGUAAGUGUUAGUAUGGUAAUGACCCAAAUGCUUUUUAGAAAUAAAAUACACUGUGCAUACCAUAUUGUCUUGAUCCAUGACACCCAGAAAGUCAUGUGAGAAAAAUGAGGGUUGGAUUUUGUAUGUCUUCAGACUCCAUGCUGAUUGUUGCGGAGGAGGACAGUCUGUUCAUGAUAGCUAAUUACAUCUGAGCUCAGAAUAUGUUCUAAGAUUCAGUAACAUAUGGGUGUCAGUGAUAUUGGAUGAUAGUAUUGUGGUCACUUCUACUACCCCUGUUGUACAUAGGUGUGACCUGCUCUUUCUUCCAGAUAUGGGGCACACUUUUUUGGACAAGGGAUCUAUUGAAUUUUAUGCUUAAAAUAGGGACUAAGCCAGCUGAAAAUUCUGUGUAGAAUGUGCCAGGCAUUUCAUUGGUCCCUAGGGCCUUGCUCAGUUUUGUAAGAGACUGCGACAAAAAAGAGGAAAACAAGUAAUCUGCUUAAGGGCAUAAUGAGGUGUCAACAAGUGUAAAACACAGAAUCUGAUGGUAUUUCCAAAGGGCCCUUGGAUCUUCUUCAAUUGUAGUGAUUAGUGAUUUCAGCUAUUUCUCAAUGACAUCAAUACUGGUGUCCAUAUCAGUCACUUUUACAGUGGCGCGAGAGUUAAACUGAGACAGUACUUUCAAAGUAAAAUUUGGGAACAGUUUAGCAUUUCUGAUUGUGCUUUUUUACCAUCAGUUAUUGUUUCUGUUCCAUUCAUAAGCAUCUGGCACUAACUUAGGUGCUGAUGACAGUCUUUACAUAUGACCAGAAUUUCUUUGGGUUUUGUGAGAUAGUCUUCAAUAACACUCUGUUCACUGUAAUCUUUGAAAGUUUCAUCCAUUGGCCUGCUGACAGCCAAACAUGUUUAAUUUAGCAUUUAUCUACAUCCUUUUUUUAAAAAUUACACCUAUUGUGCAGUAGUCUCUGCUGCUUUACAAAUGCUGUAUACCACAGUGUGUUUUCUGCCUAAGUUCAAGCCAUGUUUCCUCCAUGUGCUCCUGCCCAGAAUCAAAUGUUACAAAUCCUUCCUCAACAUAUGAUACUACCACCACUUUAUCUAGUUUGUUUCCUUUGCAUUUGGGAAUGAGUCUGGCGCUGGAUAGGAAAUAAUUCAAAAUCUCUGCACAAUAUACUGAGUCUCUUGCUUAUCAUGUUGACUGCCAGGAAGUGGCAGUGCAGCAGAGCCACCUGCUGUGGCUGCCAGUGGCCACAAGGUAGCAAACAUGUUACAUAAUGUAACAUGCAGCAUCAGUUUCUGUUUAUCUAAUCCAAUGAAUACAAUACCUCCAUUUUCAUUGGAUUAGCCUUUAGAUGCAUAUAUUUACUUAAAAAUCUCACUGCUCUCAGUUUAAACUUUCUGUACCUAGUAUUAUGCAAGCUCCACUGAAUUUUAGGAAUACUUCAAACUCUAGGAUUUUGUUACAAAUGCUUCAGCUGUUGAUCACUAUGAUUUUAAGCACCUCAUCUGUUGAGGGAAAGGGUGUUUCCUUGGAUCUUACACUAACACUUCCUGGUCAAUAUCUGGACAAGAUGAAGAACCACCUGAUUUUUAAAUAAAUAAAUAAAAAAAAGAGGGAAAGAAUCUGCCCAGCCUAGCUUAUCACAAAACCUUCAAUUGAUACCAUAACAAUGGGUAUUAGAAUGAGAGUUUUAUUGAGAUUCUGUGGACAAGGCUGAUCUUUUUUCUGUAGCUGGAAUGGCUCAAGAAUAAACCUAGAGCCCAAACUAUGCAGAUAUGUUCAGAACAAAUGAAGAUGAAAAAUAUAGUUCAGGUAUAAUUCUGCUCCAUGACAUUUCCAUACAAGAUGCAACUGUGUUAGUUAAACCUUUUCUUUAGGUUUCCUUGCUGCCAUUUCCCUAUAUAACAACAUUCAGUAUAUACUACUCAUCUACACUUGCUUCCCAAACUGUUACACAACAGGCCUCACAACAGAUGAAGUGCGUUGCACAGGCUCAAUUUCAGUGGAAGACAGCACAGCGAAUUUGUUGGUUACAGGUGUAAUACCCAAGUUCUCCUUGUUCCUUGCCUCUCCUGUACAGGGCUUCUAGACAUGCCUUUGGCACACUACAAACGGUCAAGUUAAUAGGUGGUCAUGGACCCUGUACUGCCUACAGAGGAAUCAGUUUCCAUUGUAGAGGAUAAUAUUUGAGUACCCUUGGUAUUUCUGGUACUUGUGUUUCGGCAUUUCAUCCAACACACCCAUUCAAAGCAGCUUCCAAUCAUUUGGCAACUUAUGAAUAGUAACAAACUCAUCCAGUGGCUGAUGUUUAUUCUGAAUCAUAAACAAAUAACUUUAAAUUAAGCUUGUUGAUUCACAAAAUGAAGCUAUCAAUAAAAUGAUUUUGUAUAACAAGAGAGAAACCUUGGAUUAGAUUUGCCAAUUCCCUGAAGCUACUUUGAAUUAUCUGUCUUGAACUUUUGUUCUGUCAAUGUCAUGUUCACUAACAAACAAAAAACCAAUGGAAAAUUCUGACAAAUACAGAAAAUAAGCAGUGGUGUUGAAGGGGAAAUUAAAUGUAACACAAUGCAACUCAUUUAUCUACAAAUAAAGAUGCAUAGUGUAGUUCAGUUGCCAUUCUGCUCAAUGAGAAUUUCAUACAAGAUGCUGCCAUGAGAAACUGUAAGGCACUGUAACACUGUGUUUGCAGACAAGCAGGAAAAGAAAGUGGCCAUGAAAAAAAUGUUUCAAUCAUGGUAAUUAUAUAAGAAAAUACUCAGUAUGUCUCCAGACAUCUCUACAAAAAUCUUUUCUUAUCCAUAUUUGUUUUAAUUUCUGAAAAAAAAUUGAACUCCUAAGUAAAAGGAGGUUAACCAAGACUAAUGAUUACUUUACAAUCUUACAAAAGUGAGCAUUUGAACGCACUGAUGAAACUGGAUAAAUAAAUUAACAGUUCUAUCUCACAGAGCGAGCAGUGUUAUGCCAGAACAAAUUACAGGCUCUGUACUUAAGGAGUUCACUAUACGGUCUCAAAAUGUACAUCAGUAUGUAUGACUGUGAUAUCCAAUAUUGUACGGAACUGAGGAAGACCUGGAAGUGGUGAAGUGGUGUACUUCUGGAGCACAGCAUUGCACAGAAGUGAAAUGUGGGUCAUUGGAAAUCCAGAGAAGAAACUGGAAGCAUCUGGAAUGUGGUGCCAUCAAAGACUUUUAAAAAUAAGUGAAUAGGUAAAGUGUGAAAUGCAGUAUUGGUGAAGAAAGGAAUCUCUUGAAGUCCCUUAUCAGAAGAAGAAACACAGUGUAGUUCAAGGUAUACAUCUAUGUUUGUACUAUAAUGUGUUAUGGAGAAACAGUAUAACAGGAUGAAAGUAAGGUUUUAUGUUUACCAAUGUUAGUUGUUUUUAACUAUUGCUUGGUCAGUUACAUUGGCAAAGUUUUGCAACUGAUGGUUAUUUUGUAUUUUACCAUUGCCAUUUCCAUUUAUGAUGUACUAAGCCCAAAUGUAUUACAACAAUAAAGUUUUUA